AUGAAUGCUCGAGACGCGUGCCGUGUCGCCGUUGCACGGCUGCAAGAUCGUUCCGAUGCCGAGCUGGCCGAUCGUUUCUGGCGACGCAGAGGGCUCAUUGGACAGCUGGGCAGAGUCGACGACAUGCAUCCCCGUAGAGGCGGACAAACCUGGUACGCGAUGCGCAUUCCGCGACAUGCACCACACGAGCGCUGGGUACAAGGACUCUACAUGCGCGCAAGUACUCUGUACUUGUCAUUACAGGUGCCAACCAAAAACCGCGGCACCCAAGGCAAGUAUCGUACUCUUGCUCGUACAAAUGAUGUACUCUUCAAGUCCUCUCUUGUAUACGAGAAUGACCCCACAGCCGCUUGCCACGCGAACCUUCGAGGCAACAACGACCACGAGCAGUACAUCAUUUCUUCGACUAUCUUGUACUUUGAAGUAUCUGUACAUGCCGUGGCCGCAUCUCAUCGUCCGCUCGUACCGGCUGCGUGUUCGUCCAUGUACUCGUACAUGCAAGGCAUCGCCAUUCCCGGCAUCGACUUUGGCUGCGACAUCGAUGGCUCCUGUCCAUCCAAGGCCAAGCUGGUGCCGCUCAAGGCCUAUCGCGGCGGCGAUGGUGAGGGCCAGAUGAAGCACUUUGUCGAGGACGACGGCCUCAACAUGUUUCGCCUCCCCAUCACCUGGCAGUACGCCGUCAAGGGCAAGCGAGGCCGCAAGCUCGACGCCGUCCAGUUUGGCGUCUACGACCGCCUCAUGCAAGCCUGCCUCGACACGGGCGCCUACUGCAUCAUCGACCUGCACAACUUUGCCCGCUACGACGGCGCCAUCAUCGGCCAGAGCGGUCCCGACGGCAUCACCGACGAUCACUUCACCGCCCUCUGGGCCGAGAUGGCCACCAAGUAUGCGGCCGACGAGAGGGUCGUCUUUGGCCUCAUGAACGAGCCGCACGACGUCGACAUCGAGAUCUGGGCCCAGACCUGCCAAAAGGCCGUCACGGCCAUCCGCGAAGCCGGCGCCGAGAAGCACCUGAUUCUCCUGCCCGGCAGCAACUUUUCGAGCGCCGAAACCUUUGUCUCGGGCGGAAGUGCCAAGUGCCUCGCCGCCAUCACGAACCCCGACGGGUCGACGGACGGCCUGCUGAUGGACCUGCACAAGUACCUCGACAUCAACAACUCGGGCUCGUUCCGGGAGUGCACCACCGACAACGUCGCCGCCUUCCAGAGCGUCGCCACCUGGCUGCGGAAGAACAAGCGGCAGGCCAUCGUGUCCGAGACGGGCGCGUCCAUGGAUCCCACGAACCAGUUCAUCGCCGACAACACCGACGUCUUCGUCGGCUUCGUCGGCUGGGCCGCCGGCUCCUUCGACUCGACCUACACGUUGACCCUGACGCCCAUCGCCAACAACGGCUCGUACAAGGACAACAAGCUGAUGAAGAAGUGCAUCAUCGACGUCUUCGGCCCCACACCCGCCAAGACGAUUCCUUCGCCGACGGCGGACAGCCUCGUGACGCCGACGAGGCAAAUCCUCCACGAGACGGCCCAGGAGGUCGGCUCUCCUUUGCCAUCGGCAACCGAUUCCGAGUCGGACAAUGCAGCCAGCAGUCGUCGGUUCGGGUCACCGAGGGGACCCUUGGCCUUGCCCAUACUUGUCGCUCUGAUUCAUGCCAUCUGGCUCAUGUGCUGA